GAGCAUGGCCGGCAAUGCACAGGGCCGCAAGGGAGCGGGCGUGGGAGCAGCACUGCCCUCUGGCGCACGCACGUUUUUUUCAUCGGGACAUGGCCCGUCAGCACGAUGCAGAAAUGUCAUCGAAGGGCCCAACAUGGGUCGACAACGUGCUGGAGAGUCGGGGCGGGAGGCAAGCACACCGCAUGAGGGUCGAGGCCGCCGCAUGAGGGUCGGGAGGAUCAGGGAGGAUGACGGACAAGCAAGCAUCGACAGCACGUUUCAAGCACGCCGGCCGAGGGAGCAGCAGCGGCGAUGCCGCCAAGAGGAUCGGAACCAUGCCCAUCCAUGCCCAUUCAUGCCGUCCAUGCCGUCCAUGCCCACGCAGCGAUGGUGCACGACGAAAGCAGCGUGGGUGGCCAGGGCCCUGGGUCGGCGGAUGCCUGUCAGAGCGACCGCAACGACCGCAACGACCGCAACGAGAGGAUCGGGGAUGAGACAUCGACGGCGGCGAGGCUGCCACGAGGCAAAGGCGGGUAUCGCGGGCUGGGUGGAUUCGCCGUUGGUGCGCCUUGCUGGACUGGAUGUGUUUCAUGUCGAGUCGCGGCGGUUGGCCGGAAAUGCACCUGGGGGUGCGGCCGAUGCGUGGCAGACGACGCACACUUGGCGGCCCGGCCAGAUGCGAGGCCAGAUGCGAGGCCAGAUGCGAGACCACGAAGAGCAAGAGCCGAUCCUCGUCCAGGCCCGGGAGCAAAAGCGCAACUCAGGGGAGGCAGAUUGA